AUACAGGUGGAGCUUGUAAGUCAAGGAAACAACCGCUCCAGAACUUAAAAACAUACAAGAUGGCGUCGCACGUCUCAGUUCGUUCAGCAUACUCUACGGCUAGUUCUGCAUUUUACCAAAGUACUAUUACCAGCACUGGUUUACAAAGAGAAACUUUUGGUGAUCGUUUGCAUCAAACUAGGCUCUGGCUUUACAACCCAGAAGAUGGAACUGUCAUGGGUAGAACCCCAAAGGAUUGGGCUAUUUACAUUUUCUGCAUCUUUGCUUUCCUGAUUGGACUUAUUGGCAUGUCUGCUACAUUUUGUACUAUACUCUACUGGGCUGUUGGCUGGAAUCAUCCAACUUUACAAGGAGCUAGUAGUAUAUUACAGACUCCAGGGAUGUCAUUUAGACCUCAGCCCUACCUUGGGUCAACACUAGUUCGUUUCAUGAAAGGAGACCCCACGACAUACACUCACUAUCUUGACCACAUUGAGGCAUAUAUUCAAUAUUAUGAAAAUCAGUUGCAAGUUGGAGACCGCUACAAAGACUGUAGUGAGAUAAGAAAUAGACGAACUGAGGAGCUGGAUAAAGUCUGUGUUUUUGAUCCCAUUGUUCUUGGUGGAGAUUGCGUCAAACAGCAGAACUAUGGCUUUGAUGAUGGCCAGCCUUGUAUCUUGUUGAAGUUAAACAGGAUUCAUGGUUGGGUACCGGAAGAGUUUACGCCAGAAACAGUUCCUGCUUUAAUCAAGGAUGACUGGGACUCUGACGAUCCAUGGUGGAUUCAUGUUCGAUGUGAUGGGGAUGAUGAUACCACAAGAGAGAACAUGGGUGAUCUGUCCUAUUUCCCUCAACAAGGCUUCCAUUUCAAAUACUUUCCUUUCCUCAACCAGCAAGGCUAUAGGUCACCUCUCAUGUUUCUUAGGUUUGAGAACCCUCAUCCUGGCUUCCUCUUAAUGAUGACUUGCAGAGCGUUUGCCAAGAAUAUCAUUCAUGACAGAGUGGAGCAGGUUGGCCAGGUCCACUUUGAAGUUAUAGUUGAUUAGUCAUAUUGAAACUUCAAAAUUUACAUUCCAUUAAUGUCACAGUUUAUAUUUGAUUGACUUUAGGAUUUGUGUAUUCAUUUUAUGUUUUUAUUUUUACAAUACCUCUAUUCAACUCCUAACUUUGUGGAAACAAAAACCUUCUGGCUGGGCAAAUCCUGCGGAUCUCAAAUAUGGCUCUAACAAUUUUCCUAGAAACUUGACAGUUGCUGUAUAUUGUUGAGAAAAGAAUUACUAGCUCAUUAGCCACACUGGGGAAACUCUAGUUUGGCCAUUAUAAUUUUUCAAUGUAAAAUAAAUCAAUUUAAAUUUGGCUAGAGAACUAGAAAAUAUCUUGAAUAGACAAUAUGUCUUCUGGUAUUUCUGCAUUAAACAUUAUAUGAUAGUUCCAUGAUUAUAUUAUUCAAGAGUUUAAUAAAUUAAUGUUAAGGAACAUUUUGCACACCAUCUUCUAAGUCUAGAUCUAAUGGCCUAUCAUUUGAAUAUUAUAAAGUGUAGUAGAUCUAUACAUUUGCUAAACCAGGAUUCUUUCUUGGAAGGGGGUGGGGGAUAUUCAAUUUUUUUAAAUCUACCAUUUGUUAGUUAUUAAGAUAAAAAUUAUAGCUUUAUAAGAUGUUUAGAGGAAGUAUUUUAUUUGUUCCAAAGUGUUUUUAAUGUUUUUCCUGCAUGUAAUGAUUAAUUAGCCAUCUUGGAAUGUGAAAAUUGACAUUCCAUUAAUGUCACAUUUAUUUUUGUUAGGUUUAGUUUAGGAUUUGUAUAUUUGUUGUGUUUUUUUUUUCUAUGUUCUUGUUUCUACUGCUGGUACUAGUCAUGUUAAUGAAAGAUUUUUUUCUUUGUAUACAUUCAAACUUUAACAUUUACAAUUGCUAGUCAGUUGAAAUACCCACCAGUAUUUGUUCUUUAGCAAAGCAAAAUUUUAUAUAGCAUAAUUAUGAUUUCAAAGUCAAAGCUUUAAUUAUCAACAGUGUGAUAUUUUGUGUUCCAAAAGUUUAUAUAUAUUUAUAUAUAUAAGCAAGAUCUUAAUGUGUCAUUGAAGUUUGUAAGCUCCUGAUGUUUUUUUUUCUUUUGAAAGCAUUUAUUUGUACAAUUGCAUCAUUAUUAUUUUACUAAUAUUUAUGAUACAUUUUAGUUUUUGUAAUUUUAUUUUGUCUGAGAAGGUUACGCUAAAUCUUUAGCAAAUCUGAUCACAAUGUACUUUUACAACACACCAUCUUGAUUCCAGUAAAAAAAAAUUUCUUCAGUGUUAUAAUUGUUUUCAAUAGUACCCUUUGAUAACUGAUUCAGAUGAGAAUAGCAACAAUUCUGUAUAUAAGCAUGUCCUUUUUAUACCCCAACCUUCAUUGCUAUCUUUUAAAUUGUGACACUUUCCCUAAGAAUAUAACAUUAAUCAUAAAAUUUGUUGGGAAAAUACUAUAAGUUUUCUUUCUAUUUUUUAUUACUUUAUACUGGUACUACUUUGCCAUUUCACAUCAGCAUUUAGAUUGAAAGCAACUUUUAAAAACUACACUCAUAAUAUUUUUUUCUUUAAAAUGAAACAUUUAAAAAAAAACAUUUUUUUCUUUCAUGUGCAUAAUAUUUUUCUUUCAUCUUAUUAUGUUUGAUGACAAAAAAAGUUUUUUCAUAUUCAAUUUUUAUAAUAAAUAUUAUAUUUUGUUCUCUAA